GGAGUAUUGUCUCCUGGAGAAAAGGGGUCGGCAUCCUGGACCCCGGGCAGUAGUCAGGGGGUUCGGGGCGCCGACGGGGAGAGAGGCGGAGACUGGGGUAUCUGGAAGUUCUUGGGAGAAAGACUCAGACUGGGGAGAGAAAUCUCGGAAGGGGAAGGGCGAGAAGUCUUCCUUUCCGUGGGGCUCGAGAGGGAUUUCAGCCUCCGGACCACACUAGCAAGUUAUGCAAACCAGAUGCAAAGCUGGGGUCCCCCGGCUCCGGUACUGAGCGCUGCCCUCCGCUCUGGGAACGUGCCCUCCCCCGGCCGCUCCGCGAGUUCUCUGUCCUUCCGGUCCCUGCCUCCUCCUUGGUGGCCGGGCCAGAAGGCCGAGCCAGGAGCGGCGCGGGGAGGACAGCGGGAGCCAGAGCCGGAGUGGGAGCCAGAGCCACGCUGGGCGGCCUAGCUCGGCUCGCCAGCUUCCCCCCCGCCGCGUCACACAGGCCCCGCCUGAUUCGGGCGCUGGGGAGGCUCGAGGGCUACGGGGGAGGGAGGAGCAGAAUUGGGGACAGGAGGGCGGUGGAGGGUGGGCCAGGGGUGGUCUCUCCGCCCAUUUUCGUUGGAACACAAAGAAGUCUCUGUCCUACUUGGCCGCGGUCUCGGGGCGGGGAAUGGGAGAAAGUGAGCAGGGCUGGGAUACUCCUUCAUCUGGUCUCGAGGGGAAACUGAGGCACAGGGGGGCGGGGCUCUUGCCGUGCCUCCCAGUCUUUUUGCAGAUUCGGAGAUCGCUGCUCUGCUUUCCACGGGGUUGCGUGUAGCACCCCCCCGCCCCCUCUUCCCCAGGACCGUGUUGGGCUCUAAGUGCCAGAUUGCCGCCCCAGCGAACGCGGGCCCUUUAAGGGGUGGGACCUCUUGCCAUUGAGGACCUCCUUCCACUGGAUCGGACACGCGCGUGCCCCGGGUCAACCGCUGUUGUUCCUCCCUUCCGCGCCGACCCCGGAAGUGAAAGUCUGCGGAGUUCGGCAGCAGUGGGGACGGAAGGCGGAAGCGGAGCGUGAGCGGGAGGCCGAGCCGGGGGAGCGGCUCUCGUAGCUCCCCCGGGCUCUGGACCUCGCAGGAAGGAGAGCUUUGCUGCCGCUGCCUGGCACCCGAAGUCAUCAUGAUGGCUGUGACCUAAAUUCCUUCAGGAAGCCCCGGGGUCAUGGCCCAGCAGCACCCCGGGGAAAGGAAGCUGUACAGGGCACCCCACAGUGGCUCUUCAAUUUGGACUUCAGGGCCCACUGUGGGCCCUGACAAACUUUCAUUCUCAGGAUUUGGGGAUUCGGUGGAGGCUGCACCCAAUGGUACCUAUUGCCUUACAAGACUUCCUUGUUCCACAAAUACACCACCCCAGAGCCCCACCCCCCAAUCAGAUACAAGCCAAGGUGCUCCAAGAGACCCCGGACCCUUCGGGGAGGGAGAAGAUCUUGAUCAGACUGAAGCAUCUUCAGACGAGGAAACAGGAGUGGACAAGGAGCUUUCUCGGGAAAAUGGGGCUGGGGACCUGGAGGACAGAGACUCUUCCAUCCCAACUGUACCAUCAGUCUGUAACUGUCAAGGAGCUCCCAGUGUUCCUGAGGGGCCUUUCUCUGAGGGAGGAGAUGGCUCAUUUAGUAAUUUUUGCACCUGCUGUACCUCCUCAGCCCUGGGAGAAGAGGAAGAUGAUGAAGGGCCUUCCAGGGUUCCCAAUGACCCUUCUCCUAUGCCCAGUGGAAAGAAGCCUCCACCCAGGAGGCAGAGGUAUCGCCUGCUAACCAAAGAGGAGCCUAGGGAGGGUGGUCGCAGGGACCCUCGGCCCUCUGGUCGGCACCGGCCUGGCCGGAAACGGAGCCAGGCAGACCGGCGUCGCUGUUUGGUGGUAUGGGGGUCCGAGGAACUGUAUCGACUUGGACAGAAGGGGUUCUGGUGGCUGAUUGAGUUGUUGGUGUUAGUGGGGGAGUAUGUGGAAACUGGUGGGCACCUUAUCUAUUCUUGUGGACAGCUGAAAGGCAGUGAUCUGGACCUGCUUCGAGUAUGGGUGGGAGGCUGGGUUGGGCAGUUGGGGAGCUGGGCUCAGAUGGGGUUCCUGUGUCUAUGCCGGACACUUUGCUCUGGGGCAGGGUUUUUUUCCCACUUGCUACGACUGCUGUGUGCUGUGCUACUCUUGGUCCUGGCCUUGCUGUUGGGCUGUCUUCAGCUGACCUGGAGAGUCUUGAUGUACAUGGGAGACCGAUUGGGCUGGCGGACUCAGGCCACCUGGCUCUUCUCCAGGCUGGAUUCACCUGCUGUGCACCGAUGUUGGACUCAUCUCAAAGAGAGCAGGACAUGGCAGCAGUUGGUGGGGCUAGUGCAGAGGGGUUGGCUGGAGGUACCCUGGGUCAAGCAGAGGACCAACAGGCAAGGGGAUGGGCCAGCAUCUAGUGGGCGAUACUACCAACCUGGAGAGGAGGUGUCUCGACUCUUGGCUAUGGCUGGGAUCCCAGAAGAUGAACUGAAUCCCUUCCAGGUGCUAGGGGUAGAAGCCACAGCAUCGGAUAUGGAACUGAAGAAGGCAUAUAGGCAGCUGGCAGUGAUGGUUCAUCCUGACAAGAACCACCACCCUAGGGCUGAGGAGGCCUUCAAGGUGUUGCGAGCUGCCUGGGAUAUUGUCAGUAACCCUGAGAGACGGAAGGAAUAUGAGAUGAAACGGAUGGCAGAGAGUGAGCUGAGCAGGUCAGUGAAUGAAUUUCUGUCCAAGCUGCAGGAUGAACUCAAGGAGGCCAUGAAUACUAUGAUGUGCAGCAGGUGUCAGGGGAAGCACAGGAGGUUUGAAAUGGAUCGAGAGUCUCAAUAUGCUCGAUACUGUGCUGAGUGCAACAAGAUGCAUCCUGCUGAGGAAGGUGACUUCUGGGCAGAGUCAAGCAUGUUGGGCCUCAAGAUCACUUAUUUUGCCAUGAUGGAUGGAAAAGUAUAUGACAUCACAGAAUGGGCUGGGUGCCAGCGUGUGGGAAUUUCCCCGGAUACCCACAGAGUCCCCUAUCACAUCUCUUUUGGGUCCCGGGUUCCUGGUCCUGGUGGGCGGCAGAGAGCUACUACAGAUGCCCCUCCAGCUUCAGUUGCUGACCUUCAGGAUUUCUUCAGCCGGAUCUUUCAGGUUCCCCCAGGCCAGAUGCCCAAUGGAAAUUUCUUUGCAGCUUCCCAGCCUGGCUCUGGGGCCACCCCACCCUCCAGGCCAGACAAUUCCGCAGUACCCAAAGGUUCAGAAGCCAAACCGAAGCGGCGGAAAAAAGUGAGGAGGCCCUUCCAGCGCUGAUGCCCUGUCUCUUCCUCUUCUCCACCCUCCCCAGCUCAGUGUCAGGGAGUCAUAAGGGCUGUGUACAGCAUAGGAUGGAAUUUUUUUUUUUAAUUUUCAAUAUUUAAAAAGUUUCAAGCAUUACUUGUUCACUCAGUGACUUGUGGGAAGCCACUGAAUCCCCACUCUGGGAACUAAGAACUGAACCUUGUUUGAUGACAAUACCAAAGAAAUAGUGGGGUGGUUGGCAGGAAGGGCCCUGUGCCUAGACCAUGGCUAGGAUUGGGAUUGAUGAGCAUUUUGUGGGAAACAAACUCUUCAGGGUUGGGGGGGGGCUUUUAUAUUGUCCCUCCUUCUGAAGGCCAGGGUGAUAUUCUAUUGUUAACUUGGGCCUUUGUUUCUGGGCCCUCUCCUCUAUCAUCCACAUUAGGAGACAAAGCAGAGGAGGCAAGUAGCCCUUACAUUCAGGGGUGGGUAAAAGCCCAGGACCAUUCAGGGAAUGGGAAUGCUGCCUCUUUCUGUUCUGUGGUACCUACCUAACCUCAGGGUUGUUUCUGCAAGAAUGGCUGAUUUGAAAAUUUUUUUUUUAAAGCAGACUCAAGUCCCCAUGCCCUUGCUGGGUAGGAGGCAGAAAAAGCAAGUUUGGUGGUAGCGGUGGUGGGGGGUUGUCCCCAGCUAUCCCUAUGUAAUCAAAGGGUUUUUUUUAAGUUUGUUCAUAUUUGUAUGUACAUAUCUAUUUAAAGCCAGGGGAUUUACCUUUCUAUAAAUAUAACUGGCAAGCUAUGCCUA